UGUGCUGCUUGUGUAACUGCGUCACUUGACUUCUUCGUUUAAUUAAAUAUCUAAUAGGCCUAACUAUAUAAUUAGUUUACCAUAUUACAUAGAAAUCCAAGUCCUAUGGCAGAUUGGAACUGCUGAGACUUUACUUGACGUGUGACACCGUCAUCAUUUGUCUGGAGACCUUGAAAUUCUUUGACUAGAAACUGUUUUACGGAUAAAAUAUCCAACUAAAUGUCGAACGGAGACGAUAAAAGUAUACAAAUGUUGUCAAUGCCUGCCCUUGGGCGACAUUUCGAUUUGGGUACCGUUUACGAUGCAGUCAGGGAUGCAAUUAUUCCCGGCUAUCCUACUUUCUUGAAUGGAAAUGAUCUGAAAAACGUCCAAUCCACCGUGAUUAACCACACAGAUUUUUCGAUUAUUGCUUCAGACAAGUUCGCUGACAAAUUCCAAGAAUUAAAGUUCAAUGGAUCACUACAAGUCAGCAUCUUGUGUGGCCAGAUUGAACUCGGCGGAUCGGCAAAUUAUCUCAGCCAAAAGAAAAGCACAAGUCGUGAAUCGAGCGUUCACUUGACACUUAAGCGUCGCACCGCAGUCAAGAAAUUAGUAGAGAACAACAUGGCUUACCGUGAUGACGUUCAAACAACCGGCAAAAUUGGCUCCGCAACUCACAUCGUUACGCAAAUCGAGUACGGCGCUGAAGCCACGUUCACGUUCACCAAAAAACUAAGCGAAACAGAAAACCAGCAAGAAGUCAACGGACAGCUGAAAUUAGGUGCCGAAAAAAUUCAAAAAUGUCUUGCAGGGAACGCGAAUGUUGGAGGUAGUUGGGCCGACACCAAUCAAGAGAACGAGGAUAACAUCGAGUGUCAUUUUCAAGGCAAUUUCGAACUGCCCAAUGACGUGGAGAGCCCAACAACGUACAAAGAAGCCAUCGAGUUCGCCAAAAAGUUUUUGCAAUUAUCAUCUGAUCGGGUGGCCAAAGAUGAUGCAGAUGGAAACAAGUCCCUUGGCGUGCCUGUUAUUGUUUGGCUCUACCCGUUGAAAGAUGCACAAGAAGCACCGGCUCUCCGAUACGAAAUUCCCCAUUGGAUGGCGUCUCAAUGCUUCCUAAUAAUGGAAAACUACAGUGAAGUUGAAGAUAAACUUGUUCUGAUGCUUGAAGAUCCUCUAUUAGAAAAUCUAAGUCCACUUCAAAAUAAGCUCCAGCACUUCCAGCGAUACCUAACAUCUGUCAUUGCCGAACUGAAAAUAAAAUUGUGGGAAAUUGUCGUCGGCUUUCGCGGCGGCAAAAUCCAAGAAAAAGAUUUCAAAAUAGAGAUGGAUCGAAUCGGCAAUGAAAAAUUCACGUUCAAUUCCAAUCGCCUUAAGCAAUGGCUGGCUCAGAAGAACAAGGAACUUUGUUUAAUCAAGAGAUUUCAAGAUGAAGCUAAAAGUAAAAUAAAAAAUCAGAGCAAAGUUCAUUUCUUCCCUUCUGCGACAACACUGCAAGAGCAAAUGACCAAAUUCCCAGUUGAUUGUGGUUUAGAAUUUUCAUUUUCCUACUUAUCUCGCCCAGAACCUUUUAUGGAACUGCUUAAACAAAAGCUCGGGACGAUUUUUUUUAAAUGAAAUUCCCUUACCGACCAAUAAUUUAAAUUCAGAUUUAGAUUGUUGCUACGGAAAUGAUUCUGUAGUUGAACGGAUCCCGAAAGAAAUUGUCAUUUUUGCCGAAUUAGUCAAUGCCAAAUCAAAGGACGAAAAAUUCGCUUUUGCCAUGACGGCACCCGACGAAUACAACGAAACUUGCGCAAAUGAAUUUUCGAUAAUUGUUCACAACAAACAGAAAAGGAUUUUUGGGUGGGAUGCAGUUUCGAAAGUCAUCUGCCAACAUUAUCCAAAAGAAAAAAUGAUUCGACAUUUUACGCCUGUUGGUUGAAGAAAAAAUCCCAGAAGAAUGGAAUUCAAUUCCUCUCCUUGCCUUGUGUACGUUUUACAAGAAAGACAAUUUGAUCGACAUUGUCCAAUUGUUAAUUGAUAAAAAAAUCGACGUCAACUGUAAAACAAGCGAUGGAUCGAAUGCCCUCCUUAUCUUGUGUCGAUAUUACAAACAAAAAAACUUGAUUGACAUUGUCCAAUUGUUAAUUAAAAAUAACAUCGAAGUCAAUUGCAAAAAUGACAACAAGCUGAAUGCCCUACUUUUCUUGUGUAAAUAUUACGACAAAGAUAAUUUAAUUGAAAUUGUCAAAUUGUUAAUUGGGAAAAAAAUCGACGUCAAAUGCGAAAC